UACAGCAGUAAAACCCUAACUGAGCUUCAAAUCCUGCAAAAUAGAACAAAUUAACUGAACAACUCUUCUUCAAAUCCCAUAAACGAAGGAUGCACUACUUCACGUCUCUUCAUCAUGCUCCCAAAAUUCUAACUAUUUAUUCCAGUUUACAGAAGCUUGAAAUCACAAAUCGUUACUUCCUUCUUCAGUUAAGAAAGAAGUUGGAAUUAUUUUGGGAUUUUCUCUGUAUGCUGCCAAAUCGAAGACCAGCCAGUGAGAAAGUCAGAAGUUUGCCAGGAAGCAUGAGUUCCAUUAGAGUUGAUCGCAUGUGGAUGUAUAAGAGACUAGUGCCAAGUCGAACAACAUUCACUUCUGAGUUUAUAGAAGGUGUGUGUGGAUUUAUAGAGUUUGCAUUAAUGCAACCUGAUUUUGUUUCUAAUGGAAGUAUAAGGUGCCCUUGUUCAAAAUGUAAAAACAGUAGUGGGUUUCUUGAACCUCAUGAUAUUAGAUCUCAUUUAUACAAGCAUGGUUUCAUGCCCAACUAUCAUCAAUGGGAAUCACAUGGGGAGUCUUUUGUACCAAUUUCUAGGCCUCAACCUAGUACCAAUAGAAGUGAUGACAUAGGUUCUAAUAGAACACCAAUAAAUCCAUAUCGUAUUAUGGUCUUGGAUGCAGUUGGUCCUAGUUUCAACUUAGACAGUGAUGUAUUUGAUAAGAAUGUUGAUGAAGAAGAACCUCCUAAUCAAAAUGCUCAAGAAUUUUUUGAAAUGUUGAAAGCUGCUGAAGAGUCAUUGUUUGAUGGAUGUUAG